GUCCAAGUCUCCCUCUAGGGCUUCAUUUUACUCUAGAAGUCUGUAUACCUACUCCAAGUCAAGAUCAGGUUCUUCCAGCUCUCGCUCAUACUCUCGAUCAUUUAUUCAUUUCCGUUCUCGUUCCUACUCACCAUCACCACCGUAUCCAAGAAAAGGCAAAGGGAAGAGUUGUAACUAUGGUUCCAGGUCAAGGUCACAUGGUUAUCACUGUUCAAGGUCAAGGUCAAGGUCACCCCCAUACAGAAGACACCAUGCACGAUCAAGGUCUCCAGUAUUCAGAGGCCAGUCUCCCACUAAACAGACUAUACCUCAAGGAGUAGGAGGAACGGAGCAUUUUAACAGAUCCAGAGAUGUUCCACCAUAUGAUAUGAAAGCUUACCAUGGCAGAUCUGUUGACUUCAGAGAUCCAUUUGAAAAGGAAAGAUACAGAGAAUGGGAAAGGAACUAUAGAGAAUGGUAUGAAAACUUUUACAAGGGCUAUGCUGUUGGCACUCAACCUCCACCUCCAGUAAACAGAAAGAGCUUGUCACCAGAUAGGUUUGGACCACCUGCUAAAAAAAGCAAAUCUGCUGACGCAAAACCUGAAAAAAGAAAAAGAAAAGUAGGUGAAAUGGUUGAUGAAGAACGUGAAGCCACUUCCAUAAAGGCCUCUAAAGCAGAAACUACUGAAUCAAAAACAUCGUCAAAGGGGAAGACUGAGCCUGAUGGUGAAAAAGGAGAGAGAACUCCAGAAAAAGAUAAAUCUGCUAUUCUUAACAACCCCACAAAAAAGAUUAAACUUCACCAAGAAACUGGCCAAAAGAUUGUGAGUGGAGAAAAUGUGCCACCUGCAAAAGAACCUGUUGAGAAACCUGAGCCGAGCAGCAGCAAAGUUAAACAAGAAGAAGCAAAGGGGAAAGUAAGAAGAAAAGUAACAACAGCUGAUGGAUCUAGUUCAGCUCUUGUUGAUUACACCAGCAUUAGUUCUGCUGGAGGAAGCCCCGUUAGAAAGACUGAAGAAAAGGCAGAUACAAAACGAACUGUCAUUAAGACCGUGGAGGAGUAUAAUAAUAUAACAGCUCCUGAUGAAGACGUCAUUAUGAUGAUACAGGUCCCUCAGUCAAAGUGGGAUAUGGAUGACUCUGAGGAUGAAGAGGAAGGCAUUAAAUCUACCCCAGUGCCCACAAAUAUAGGAAAACCUGUGAGUGUUAUCAAAACUGCAAGUGCUAAGCCACCAAACCCUGUAAAACACAAUGAAAAAGCAAUGGAGCCUUUGGAGGAAACACAGAAAACUACAAAAGAGGCAAGUUAUGAAAGCUCCCAGCAUGAUACAAACAGUUCAAAAAGUUCAAUGUCAAAUGAAAAAGGGAAAACCAAAGACCAGGAUUGUUCUUUGCCAGACAAGGACACUUCUGAGAAGAGAAAGAGCAGUGUUCAACAUGAAAAAGAUGACUUGGAAUGUGCAACUGAACAAGGAAAUGGAAAAACUAUUUCUCAAUCUUCCAAAGACAGCAGAUCUUCAGAGAAACAUGAUACUGGCUGUGGAUCCACUGCUAAAGACUUUACUCCUAAGCAAGACAAAAAAUCUGACCAUGAUUGCAACAGAGAUCAUUCUAGUUCCAAGCCUGGAGAUUGAAAGAGUGAAUUAGCAAGGCAAAAAGACUCCCCUCCUCGAAACAAAGAAUCUACAUCAGUACAGAAAAGUAAGCUGAGAGACGAACAACCAGAGCCAUACAAAAAGGGUGCUGGAGAUGCCAAAAGGAGCAGCUACAGUUCUCUGCGUGCGCAGAAGCAGUCUGAUCACAAAGCUGCUCACGACUCCAAGCGUACAUUGGAGGAACACAAACCUCUAGAUAAAAAUGCAGGAAACGAGAAAGAGAAGCAUGUACCGGGAAUAAAGAGCAAUAAAGAGAAAGAGCCAGGUGGUAAUAAACCACCUUUGAGACAAGAAUCACCAGAUGUAAAAAAUGAGAAAGAGAGUGCAAUUGGACAAAAAAUUAAAAUAGUUGUCAAGCCUAAGCCUCAGGUAAGCAGCUCCUCAGGGCUCUCUUCUGAUCUAACUCAGGAGACUGAUGAGGCUGUGCUUGUACCAGACUACAAUGAAAGUGACAAUGAGAGUAAUGUAUCUGCUAAAGAUGAGGAAGCUGCAGGGAAAAAUCCUAAAGAGCCACAAGCAAAGACUGUUGAUCAGGUGAAAGGGGAUCUAGCAGCACCUGCUGCAUCUGAGCAGCCUGCAGCAAGCAGAAGUGAAAGCCAAAGCAGCCCCAGUGUUAGCCACAACCAUAGUCAAAGCCCUUCUGAGAGCCAGACUCGAAGGCACAGCAGCAGUGCCAGAUCAGGAGAGAGUGAAGACAGCAAGAAAAAGAAAAAAGAGAAGAAGCAGCACAAGAAGGAUAAGAAACACAAGAAGCAUAAGAAACACAUUGGAAAAGAAAUGGAAUUGGAAAACAGCCAAAAACACAAACACAAGAAGAAGAAAUUGAAGAGAAGAGAUAAAGAGAAGGACGACCAAAAUGUGAAUUCUGUCACUAAAUAG